AACCUCGCGAGAGUUGGGAGCGGAGGUCGGGGCCGAUCCUGCAGGAAGAAGGAAGCAGCCGCUCAGGGACACCAUGGAUGAUACUUUGUUUCAGUUACGGUUUACAUCAAAACAGCUGGAGAGAUUGGCUAAGAAAGCAGAAAAGGAUUCCAAAGCUGAGCAAGCUAAAGUGAAGAAGGCUCUUCAACAAAAAAAUAUUGAAGGAGCAAAGAUCUAUGCAGAAAAUGCAAUCAGAAAGAAGAACGAAGGACUGAAUUGGUUACGAACAGCUUCCCGGGUGGAUGCUGUAGCAUCGAAAGUGCAAACGGCAGUUACGAUGAAAGGGGUUACGAAGAAUAUGGCACGCGUAACACAAGGAUUGGAUAAGGCACUGAAAUCCAUGGACUUGCAAAAAAUUUCAGCUGUAAUGGACAAAUUUGAGCAGCAGGUUCAGAACCUUGAUGUGCACACUUCAGUGAUGGAGGACUCAAUGAGUUCUGCAAUGACAUUGACCACUCCUCAAGAACAAGUGGAUAGUCUCAUAAUGCAGAUAGCAGAGGAGAAUGGUCUUGAGGUCAUGGACCAACUAAACCAACUUCCAGAAGGUGCAUCAUCCCUUGGUGAAUCCUCUGUACGUGAACAGGAUAAGGAAGACCAGCUUUCAAAAAGGUUGGCUGCUCUAAGGAAUUGAAAGAGGAGUUGGCUUCUAAUCCCAACUGAUGGACUGUGUAUGAUCCUGCGUGACUUUUGUACAAUAUGUAUAAUGGCCAAAAACGUUUACUUUCAUUAUACAUACAUUAGAAUGAUUAGCUACUUUCACUUUUAAACUCUUAUAAAAGCUAGUCUGAAUUUUUAAAAAAAGUAUAUUAAAGGGUUAACUAUCGAUUCUCAUAGUCAUGACUGUUAUCACUGAAUGUAAAGUAAACCUUUUCUGACAGACAGCCCCUUUAUCCUUUUACAUUAUUAUGUAUACACACAAACUGAUUUUGUAAGCUUCAGAACCAUACUGAUAGACUGUGUAUACUUGUCUUAAUUCUGAGACCAACUUGGUUUGGCUGAUGUUGGGGCAAUGUGCAGGAUCAGUGACCAUCUGAAGUUUUAUUGAUUUUUUUUUGAGAAUUGGGAAGGAUUAUGUUUAUCAGAGUAUUGAUUUACAGAAUUUGCAUGUGUCUAGCUGGAUGGGAUGUAAAGAAAACAUUUGCUAUGUGAGGAUGAAAUAUUCUUCUAUGUGUACCUUUUUGAAGUGAACGCGACCUGCAAAGUUUGUAAACUUUUCCUGUAGGCUGCCAUUUUCAGUAAAUGCUGAUUUUUGUGCAACAAGCAAUUGGGUCAAAACAGGAGGAGACGAAAUCUAUUUUUCUUUUCUACAGUUGACAAUAGAGUUGUGGCAUACUUUAGCCAUGCAUGUUUUUGGUUUAUAUACACUUGGACAACCAAUUUAUUGUCUUCUGUGAGUGGACCUCACGCCUCUAAUAUUUAUGAAAUGGAUUUAUUUCCUUUGCUCUGCCAACCAAGCAAGGAUAAAGUUAGAACUAUAUAGGCAGCUAAGAAUUUGAAACAAUCUGGCCUUAUUUAAAAAGUGCCUCAUGUGUGCCCUGUUUUUUCUUAAAAUGAUGUAAUUAUUACUUUGCAGAAAUAUUGGUUAUGCGACUACUCUGAAUUCAGUAAGCAGUCAAUUGUAACCUCAAAUAGUUGGUGCAUCCUCACUGUGGAAUACAAAACAAUAUGCAAAAUUUAUUUGUGUAUACCUUUCAAAUCUUACCUUGAACAUAUGCAGUUCAGACUUGGUAGAGUUAGAUCAUUGAGUGGGAGAAAGAAGAAUAGGACAUAUAAUCGUGAAUUGUCAAAAUGGUCAUUCUGGAUGUUCAUGACAAUAAGACCAGAAUCACAAGUUUUGUAAUAGUGUCUUUGGAGUUUGCCUACAGAAGUUAAACUUUCUGGAAAUGUUUAUUGUCCUGUGGAAGUUGCACAUUAUCUGGUUAAAAUACUUCACUUUGACAUGUAAAAUCUUGUCAUAAAUGCUUAACAAUUGUUUAAUUUAAGGUGUAGCUUUGAUUUUAAGCUAUAGCCAAUUUCAGCAGGUGGCCUAAAUUCAUCCAGUUGUGCUUUAACUAUUUCAGCAACCUUUAGAUUAUAACAUAAUUAAAUUGAAAUGCAUCCAAAUCAAUUUCAACACAAUUUUUGUCUUAUUAUUGAAAAUAGCAACAUUGAGUAUUAAAAUUAUCACUCUUUCUGGAAUUCAGUGGUCUAACAAAAUUUUAAGCAAGAACUCUAUGCUAAGGAAGUGCACUCUGCAUUCAGGUAUGAUUCCUUAUCCAAAGCAGGAUGCCGUUUUGAAAAUUUUAAGUGGUUAAAACGAUCAGGAAAUUUGCUCUGCUUAAUUACCAAACCCACUUAAAAACAGAUUAAUAUUUCCAAUAGUGACACUAAAGUUGCUGCUCAGGUGCUAAAACAUUGCCCCAUCACUUAAUAUAUAAUUAAUGCCUUUAAAUUAUUUUCUUACAACCUUCUUGCAGUGGUGCCUGAAUGCUAGCAUAAACUAAAAUAUUCACAGACAUUGAAGGUUAGAGCUGCAUGCUGAAAAGCAUUUUAAGCUAGAAUACCUAACUCUAAAAAUUGUUCUAAGAAUACGGAAAAGCUGAAAUCCAUGAAAUUUAAAAAAAUACUGAAAAUACUCAGUUCGGGUAGCAUCAGUGGAGAAUUAGAGCUGCCGAGAGGUCAGUGACCUAAAAUAUUGACACUUUUGCUUUACAGAUGGCUAAUUACUAUCUAGCAUUUUCUGUUUUUACUUCAGAUUUUCAGGAUCUUGCAAUAUUUUGUUUGUGUAUGCUUUCAUUCAUUCAUUGUAUUUUAAAUGUAUAAUGGUAAUGACAGUAAGCUUGCUGCUUAGAUUUUUCCGAACACUUGAGUAGGUGCCUGGUAAUAUUUUAUAUUCUUUUGAAAUAAAUAUUUUCUGUUGCUAUACUGUGUGAUUGAUUUUAAUGUUUAUUUUAGUUGGGCUGUGAUUUUUGUUUGGUAAUUUGAUUAUUUAUAUCCAGAUUAAUGUUGAAGUUAUUUUCAGACAUAGUUUUAAUCUGUUCAUAUUUUGAAAUAAAGAAUUUUAAAUUCUGAAA